GACGUCAUGAGAUUGACCGUUCUUAUAAAUCAAGCACUUCUCAACUACAGAAUCAUAUAGCAAUAGAUGUUACAUUAAGUGUUUGUAUAGGUGAUACGCAGACAUACCAGUGUUCGUUUGGUGAACAAGAUAUAAUUGGAGUGUGUCAACUGCUUGGACGAGCCGUAACUGUGAGGAAAAUAGGAAGCUUGUGUCGCUCAGGUGUUUACUCCAUCUUUGUUUUCAAGGUUUUUCUCAAAUUCAACUAUGAAGAUUUGGAUUGCACUUCUUCUUGCGACUUUCGCAGUGGGUGUAUCAGCUCAAGAUCAAUGCAUAUGUGACAGUUUUAAGUGGGCUACAUGUGGUGGCACUCCUUGCCAGUGUAGCGUCACGGUGGGAACUGGUGAGAAUCAAAACCUGGACUGCUCUAAAUUGAUCCCCAAAUGCUUCCUGAUGAAGGCAGAGAUGUUCCGUGCUAGGCAUGGCCUGUCUACUCGUACCGGAGGAAAGCCAGUCGAUACUGCCUUUGUGGACAACGAUGGCAUCUACGACCCAGACUGUGAUGCCAAUGGUGCCUUCCGGGCCAAGCAGUGCAAUAACACUGAGGUGUGUUGGUGUGUCAACAGUGCUGGCGUGCGCAGGACCGACAAGGGAGACAAGAGCCUUCGGUGUGAGAAGCUGGUGGAGACCUAUUGGGUUCGCCUGGAGCUCAAGCACAAGGCUGUGAACAACGCCGUGGAUGCUGCUAAGUUGCAGGAUGCCGUCGCAACUGCCAUCCAGAACCGUUACAGCUUUGACAAGACCCUUGUAAAGGAGGUCCAGUAUGACCCUAAGGCUCGCCUGAUCGUCGUCGAUGUUCAGAAGGAGAAGGGAGACCGCAAGGCCGACCUGUCUCGUAUGGCUUACUACAUGGAGAAAGACGUCAAGGUGCUGCCCCUGUUCAAGGACCAGGCUAAGUUUGAGCCCAGUGUGGACGGUCAGAAGCUGGAGAUGGAGAACAUCUUGGUGUACUAUGUAGACGAGGAGGCCCCCACCUUCACCAUGAAGAGGCUGACCGGGGGAGUCAUCGCCGUCAUUGUGGUGGUCAUGCUGGCCGUGGCCGCCGGACUGCUGGUCCUUUUCCUUAAGAGGAGGCGAGAGCAGAGGUAUAGCAAGGCAGAGCCCAGAGAGCUGGAGGCCAUGUAGACAUCUUAACCACAGAGCCGGUUCUACGCUGAAAUAUUAACACCUUGUUUAUUCUGUUUGCAAUUGUGCGGUUUUUAAUAUUGUUACUGAGGGAUGCCGCUUGUAAAGGAUUGGUCAUAUUCUAUUUGGCACUGUUACUACCGCACAACAUUUUUAUGAGCUGUUGAUAGAAUUUUUAGCUUGAUGUCUGUACAGCUGCUUACGCUGAUUUCAAAUAAAAUGUUGAUUAAAAGAAGAGUUUUGGAUGCUGUGGAUCCUGCAAACUCAACUCUGGAUAUGGAAGCCAGUUCAACUUUUAUUUUUUUCAGGGACUGAUUUUUAGACCUGGGGCACCAGGUGCGUGCAAUUAAGUAUUAGGUAGAACAGAACCAGCAGGUUCCAGACCUUGUAAGGUUUGAAUAACCCUGCUGUAGAUUGUGUAGUUUCAUAUACAUUUCGUUUUGAUGGAUUUUCUGUUUUUAAUAAAGUGUGUAUUUUAA